GACCAGCUCAGUGGGAGCAGGCCCCGGUGAGUACUGGGACUCCUCUCUCCCCUGCCCUCCCCUCUUGUCUCUCUCUACCCCUCCUCUCCUGGGCACAGCCAUCCCAGGAGCUGUGCUGUCUCUGCCUGGCCCGUCUCUGCCCAGGGAGACCAUUCACGCGCCUCCACUUCCUGUCAGCACUAGGGCUCCCUGACUCCCGGCUUCCCCAGGGAACCAGCUCAUGCAGUUAUGCACCCAUGGGCACCAGCUCUGCCCCCAGCCUCCUUCUCUGCUGCCCUGGUACCAGGGCACCUGUCAGUCACACUGUCAUGGAUGUGAAUGUCCCAGAGCACAGCGUCUGUCUCACAGAAACUCCAGGGCCCCUUGGGCAGAGUUGACUAGAAUGUGCUUGCAGGCUGGGGCCACCGCUCCCACCCCCCAGAUGUGUGGGUAAGUGACACAGGGGGUCAGAGGGGCCCAACAGACUGGGAUCCCUUGCAAGUCAGGUCCCCCCUGAAUGACUGCACACCUCCUGCCUCCCAGAGCCCAGCACUGCGGAGUCACAGGGGCCUAACUCUCCCAUCUGUCUUGGCCAGAAUCAAGGGUGCAGGAGACAGGGGAUGGGCAUAGGUGGAAGGGCCCCUUGUUUCCAGACUGCCUACCUCAGUGGCCCCGUGGCAGCAUUGGGAAUGCCUGUGAUGAGUGGUUCCUUUGAGUUGAAGCACUGGAGCUGUCAAGGGCGGGUGGUUUAUUAUACUGGGGAAAGGUGGGCAGGGAGGAGGUGAGGCCAGCUUGUCUGUCCAGACUCCCCAGAUUGGAGAGAAGAUGCUCCCAGCCCUUCCUUCCUGCCUGCCCCAGGGACUUGGAGACACAAGGCCCAGGAGGAGGACGAGGAGGAAAAUAAGUAUGAGCUGCCCCCCUGUGAGGCUCUGCCCCUCAGUCUAGCCCCUGCCCACCUUCCUGGCACUGAGGAGGACUCCUUGUACCUGGAUCACUCUGGCCCCCUGGGUCCAUCAAAGCCGUCGCCACCCCUGCCUCAGCCCACCAUGGUGAGAGGCUUCUCCAGAAGUCCCUCCUUCCCCAGCCGCCCCAUCCCAGGCUGCCAUUUCCCACUGAAGGGAGCAGUGAGCCUGCCAGUGCCCGGAAAGCAGGAACCUAUCUUUGGGAGGCGAGAGCAGGGUGCAUCGUCCAGAGUGGUGCCAGGCCCUCCAAAGAAACCUGAUGAGGACCUCUACUUGGAAUGUGAGCCCGAUCCAGUCCUGGCUUUGACUCAGACUCUCAGCUUCCAAGUCCUGAUGCCCUCAGGCCCUCUGCCCAGGACAUCAAUGAUGCCCAGGCCUACCACAGCCCCCCAGGAAACUCGGAAUGGAGCAGCAGAUGCCGCCUCUAAAGAAGGAAGGAAAUCGUCUGUUCCCUCUGUAGCCCCCACUGGGAGCACCUCAGCUGCUGAGGACGGUGAUCUGCUGGCUCAGCCUUGGUACUCGGGGAACUGUGACCGCUAUGCUGUUGAGAGUGCCCUGCUCCACUUACAAAAGGAUGGGGCCUAUACCGUGCGCCCCAGCUCAGGGCCUCAUGGCUCCCAGCCCUUCACCCUGGCAGUGCUUCUCCGAGGCCGGGUCUUCAACAUUCCCAUCCGGCGGCUGGAUGGCGGACGCCACUAUGCCCUGGGCCGGGAGGGCAGGAACCAUGAGGAGCUCUUCUCCUCCGUGGCGGCCAUGGUCCAGCACUUCAUGUGGCACCCUCUGCCCCUUGUGGACAGACACAGCGGCAGCCGGGAACUCACCUGCCUGCUCUUCCCCACCAAGCCUUGAGGCCACAGCGAAGAAUGCAGGUGUCUGCCCAGUUCACUAGGUCCUGGAUGAAGGAACCGUGGUGGCCUAGACCAGUCAGGGGACAGCACAGGCACUGCCGGAACAGCAAAGGAUCCUCUCACAUCUACUUGUGGGCCUAGGGCACCCUGAGAGGGACUGGCCUACCUUGCACAAGUUCGCAUUCAAUAAACAUUUGUUGAAUG